UCAUCAUUAAUCUCUCCUCUUCUCUUUUGAAAAAAAAACCUUUGCAUCCAUCUCUCUCUCUCUCGGCAAAAAUGGAGGGCUUUGAUCUCUUCACCAAACGCUUCUUCCUUCUCAUGAUCACAGCCUUCUGUUUAUCAUCAUCUUUUGUUCUCAGUCUCCAGAUGGGUGAAACAUGUAGUUCCAGCAGCCGAUGCGACGCCGGUUUGAGUUGCCAGAGCUGCCCGACCAACGGUAACACCGGGUCUACUUGUUCCCGGAUCCGACCUCUCAACCCGACUUCCAAAGUGAAUGGUUUGCCGUUUAACAAGUACUCAUGGCUAACAACACACAAUUCGUACUCAAUCACGAGUGCAAAAUCAACAAUUGGCUCCUUUAUCAUUUCUCCAAGGAAUCAAGAAGACUCCAUCACUAAUCAGCUUAAGAAUGGUGUGAGAGGGAUUAUGCUGGAUGUAUAUGACUUUAGAAACGAUAUAUGGUUGUGUCAUUCAGCAGGAGGGACAUGCUUUAACUUCACAGCCUUUCAACCAGCUGUGAAUGCACUCAAAGAGAUCAAUGACUUUCUUGAAUCAAACUUAUCUGAGAUUGUUACCAUCAUCCUUGAAGAUUAUGUUACAUCUUCACGAGGUUUGACUAAGGUGUUCAAAGCAUCUGGACUGAGUAAGUUCCUGUUUCCGGUUUCGAGAAUGCCUAAAGACGGUAAGGACUGGCCUACGGUAGAUGAUAUGGUGAAGCAAAACCAAAGGCUUGUGGUUUUCACUUCCAAGAAUGGUAAUGAAGCUUCUGAAGGUUUUGCUUACCAGUGGGAUUACAUGGUUGAAAAUCAAUAUGGUAAUGAUGGAAUGAAUGAUGGAUCAUGCUCGAAUAGAAACGAAUCUCCUCCACUUGAUACAAAGUCUCGUUCAUUGGUUCUACAAAACUACUUUAUAACCAAUCCGAAUGCAACGCAAGCGUGCGCGGAUAAUUCAUCGCCGUUGAUAAAAAUGAUGACAACUUGUCAUGAAGCAGCUGGUAAAAGGUGGCCUAACUUCAUAGCGGUUGAUUAUUACCAGAGGAGUGAUGGUGGAGGAGCUGCAGAAGCUGUAGAUGCAGCAAACGGUCGUCUAACAUGUGGUUGUGACAGUUUAAGCCUUUGCAAGACAAAUGCAACUUUUGGAACAUGUGAUGCUCCUCCUCCUAAGGCAGCUCCAAAGCCAGCACCAGGAGGAGAGUCUACACGAAAUCCUAGCGAUCUUCCGGCUGGUAGUGCUGUUCAUACAGGAACAGGAUUGUCAUCUCUUGUUACGAUCUCUGUGGCUACUCUCUUGUUGUGGUGGUAAUUUUGUCAUUGAGCUAAAGUUUUUUUAAUAUGACACAAUUUAUUUAAUUUUCCCACAUGUAAUGAAAUUUUUAUUUUGUAACGUGAAACAAACUGAGGAAUGUUGAUGACUAGAAAUCUUUUGAUAUAAUGUGGUCUUGUAAAAA